AUUCUUGCAGCAAAAUAUGAGCUGAGAGGAAAGCUUUAUAAGGCUGUCUGUAGGGACCCUGAACUUCCAUCAGAUAUGCGGGAUAAGUUUCGCUAUAAGUUGUCCAAGCUGCCAAGAAAUAGUAACAUGACACGUCUUAGAAACCGCUGUAUUUUCACGGGCCGCUCUCGUGGUGUCUACCAGAAAUUCCGCAUGUCUCGUAUCGUGUUCCGCACCUUGGCAAACAAGGGUGAACUGAUGGGUGUUAAGAAAGCGUCUUGGUAGAUGUUAACAGCUGGGUAGAAGAAAGAACUAGCUCUUCAGUAGUCCAGCAAAAUAAGGUUGCCCUCUUUCAGUGUUUGAUUCCUGAAACUAUCUGUCAAGCUUUUUUUGCCAACAAACGGCAUGGUUCUCUCUUUAUUUAGUUGAAGCAGUGUAAUGUACUGUUUUUUAUGCUAUUCAGCAUUUAUGAAGCUAAAGAUUCUGUUGUUUAAGGUUUCUACAAGCUGGCUGUUUGAUUCAGUAUUUAUCUGAUCUGGCUUUACUUCAUGUUUUCACUGAGAUUGCAUAUCUGAUCCUCUGAUUCAUCAUAUUUGUCACCAUGCUCCUGUCAUAACAUAUAAUUUAAAACAUGAUCUGAUAUAAGGCACAUGAAAAUUUGAAUAUCUUUUGACUAAUAAUUGCAACUCCCCUUAGUCAGAAGAAACUGGAAACAGAAUCAGAGGUUUUAGUCGUUUGUCACUUGUACAAGCAUCUCAUUUCACAUAUCUGCAAGUGUUUCAAAUGUCUUCAGCCCUUUGGAUUGGGCUUACGCCUGUAGAGUCUGAGAGAUAUGACAUGCUUCUUUGGCGUGUGCCGUAAACACAUUCGUCCUUCCAGGUGGAUCCAAGACAGCCGUGAUGAGUUCACAAAGGAGCGCCUCGACUCCAUCAACGACGAGUUCAAGCUGUACCGCUGCCACACCAUCAAGAACUGCACGCAUGCCUGCCCCAAGGGGCUCAACCCGGCGAAGCAGAUCGACACAAUAAAGAAGCUGCAGCUCGGAGCCUGAGUGAGGUCUACUACCCCGUGGAGAUGUCGAAAGUUGUAAUCAGCUGUCAUUUGGUUUGUUUUGGCUCCGUGGUGACGAAUAAUGGGUGGAAACGCAGGAUAUUCCCCGCUUGACGAUUCCGUGUAGGGAGUGAAUAAUUGCUACCAGAUUUUAUUCUUUUCGUGCUGUAUCUAGUUUGGUGGUUCAUCGUUGAUCAUCUUUUGAUGCAUGUCCAUGCUUCAAGUAAUUCAUAAACUUUUGAGUA